GAGCGAAAGAGGAGUUGGGAGCGGAGGAAAAGUCUAUGCAGUCAGAAAGUUUGGAGGAGAAAUAAGCGAAUGGACACAACACGCCAAGCACGACUCUAAGCUAACAGCAAAAACUCAGCUGGGGCGUCAGGCCUACCGUUUAAUGGUGGUUGACAAUGGACCCCAACAGUGAGACCAAGAAGAUGACCUCUUGCCUCCCAGGCAACCCAGAGACCCAGACACUGGCCCCACCCAGAGGCCCAGGCUGCAGCUGGCUGGUGGUGGUAGCAGCUGUAGCAGCCUCUUUGAGUGGCCUGAUGCUGGGCUAUGAAAUGGGCCUGACCUCUGGGGUCCUGCUGCAGCUGCGCGGCAUUCUCUCUCUCUCCUGCCGGGAACAGGAACUGCUGGUCAGCUCCCACCUGCUCGGCGCACUCCUCAUCUGCCUCGCCGGAGGUCCCAUACUGGAUCGCUACGGCCGCCGCUGCUCUUUGCUCCUGAGCGCCGCCCUGGUGGUUGCAGGGACUGUCGUGCUCAUUGCUGUGACUUCGCUUGUCGCACUGACACUGGGCCGAGUGAUAGUCGGCAUGGGAACGGCGCUGUCAGGGACAGCAGCGUGUCUGUACAUUGCAGAGAUCUCACCGAGGGAGAGGAGGGGUCUGCUGGUGACACUGUACGAGUUGAUGUUGGUUGUGGGUGUUAUGCUGGGAUUCAGCUGCAGUUACGCCUUUGCUACUCUGCCCCAUGGCUGGGCGUAUACAUUUGGACUAGUGAUCCCCCCAGCGCUGCUCCAAAUAGGUGCACUUGUGUUCCUCCCACCCAGUCCACGCUUCCUGGUCACUCAGGGUAAGGUGGAGCAGGCCAGGAUAGUGCUGGCCAGACUGAGAGGUGGGGUUAAGGAGCAUGUAGAGGUGGAGCUCAGGGACAUCCAGACUGGACUUAAAGAGGAAUCGGAGCACAGCUUCUGGGAGUUGUUCAGUGCCAAGGCCAACCUGCGUUCACGGCUGCUAACAGGUGUAGCUUUAGUUUUCCUCCAGCAGGCUACUGGUCAGCCUAACAUCCUCUCCUAUGCUUCACCACUUCUCCGCAGUGUAGGCUUCAACAGCGAUGCUGCAGCAACCUUGGCCUCCACAGGGUUCGGAGUGGUCAAAGUAGUCGGCACGAUCCCUGCUGUGUUGCUGGUCGACCGUGUUGGACCUAAGAGCUUUUUGUGUGUGGGUGCUGUCGCAAUGGGAAUGUCCCUAGCUGUACUCGGAACACUGACACUGCAAAGCCACACUCACCUCACCAGCCUGUGUAAAAGUCACACUAUACUAAACCACACACAAACGCAGUGGGAUUUAAACAGAACCUCUACAGACUUGGACGACAGUGACAUUUUUUCUACUCACCUCCCCAGCCAUUGGAUCACUGAGGAGGCACAGAGGACUAACAGAGAGGAUGCUGGGAUUAGGGAGUCAGGGGGAGGAAGGACUGGUGUAGAAGUGUCUUCCACACUGAAGUGGGCGUCAUUGAUCAGUUUGCUGGUGUAUGUGGCAGCUUUCUCCAUUAGCCUCGGUCCAAUGGUGUAUGUGGUUCUCAGCGAGAUCUUUCCAAUGGGAGUCAGAGGCAGGGCUGUGUCUGUGGUGUCGGCUGUAAACUGGGCCACGAACCUGCUCAUCUCCAUGACCUUCCUCACAUGUACCGAAAAGAUUGGAGUUCCCAAUGUGAUGUUCAUCUACGCUGCCAUGAGCUUUGUUCUACUGGUGUUUGUCAUCCUCUGUGUUCCUGAGACCAAAGGUCGCACGCUGGAGGAGAUUUCAAAAGAACUAGCCAAGAAGAAGCAUUUCAAGGUGAGUCUCUUUAGGCAGGUUCAGCCUCAGGAGAGUCUGAUCAGCAGCAUCACGUCCACAGAGAUGCCAGCGAACAGCUGAGUCCUUUACCGUGCCACAACUGUACACCUCACCGGAAGGGCAGUCAAGAACAAUCAUCAAGAAAGACAUUGUAGUAGUGUUGUUCAGACUUUGAGGUACAACUCAUACAACUCACCCACAUCACAUAAUGGAGAUGUAUUUGCUCAGAAGAAGGAUAGCUCAGGGUUCAUGCUUGCUUGUUUAAAAAAAAAACACUAAUAGAAGGCAAACAACUGGGAUUGAAUGCGAGACAAUAAAAAAUAUUUACAUGCCAUAUACACGCCUUUUUACCUUUAUUCUAAGCAUAAAGCCCCAGUGCAGAAAGGGACAUUUUCCACUUUUGCUUGAGGAUUGAAUUUGAUUUCCUACAAGCCAGAACAGAUGAAGCUCUUUGGAUUAGUGGUGAAACUGCACUACUACAGUCUUUUAGUCAUACGAAUGUUUUUCCAUUCUGACCUGACAUUAUGGUGAAUAAUAAAACCAGUUUGCUGUACUAGAAAAUGUAACACUAAUCACUUCAAAUGAAAGUAUAUAUUAACACCGUUUGCAAAUGAAUUCCUAUAACAGGGCGGUACGUAUACACUGCUCCCUGUCUAAUGUAAUGUAAUAGCACCUAUAGAGCUCAAACCGGUCAUGUCAGUUGUUUGUUACAGGGUGUACUGUAACCUACAUAAUGACAGACACAUGUAUGAAGGCAGUACAGUAGUCUCAGGAGGACUUCUGUCUCCUCAUUUACAUUUUAUGGGAACAAGCGAUCAAGACAAUGAUAAUGAAUGAAUACAUCCAGCUCCAGCGUUUGGUUGCUGAAUCCUCAAAAAAAAGGAAAUUGAGGAAAUAAAACUAAAUUUAGCACUGUUGUAUUGUACGAAAAAAUGUUUUUCUUUUUUUUUUACUUUUGCCAGUGAUGCCAAAAUUAUACUAGUUGAUUAAGGAGUGGAAUGUUUUACUGCAAGAAAAGAAUGUGUGGACCAUUUCACAAUUACAAAUGCACAUUCUUUAAUCUGUACUUUGAUACUUACCAUUAUCUUUUCUCAUGAUGUGAAAUGUAGCAAUGUGUUUGCAAUUUCUGUCACAUUGGAAAUCUUAGAAAAUCAUUAUAUUGGGUAUUGUGUUGAAACUGGUACAUAAAACCUGUAA